AUGGCGAUAAUAACUAACAGUUGCUGCGCCGAGGAGAUGAGCAAUAGAGUACACGCAAAGCACCCUCACGCAUCGCUCACUGAUGCGCGACUCCAGACUCGAGCAUCGUCAUUGCUGGUCACACACGUGAACAAGGUUGAGUUGGACGAUGACCUUGUCAGCAUAGACCAAUAUGUGCUGACUGACCUUGCACACGCCGUCAUGCUCACGCGCACCGGCAUCUUCGACGCCCACCAUGGUCAAAACAUGGUCAAGACUCUGCUGAGCCUACGAGCCGGCGAUACGGCUUCGAUGCUCGCCUCAAAGCCAGAAUUGGGCACUCUCGGCCUUCAGAUUGAAAACUACCUGGAGCACGAACUGGGCCCGCGCGGUCGCGACAUCCAACGCGCCCGAAGCCGUAUCGAUCAAAAGGCCACAAACUGGCGCCUCAUCAACCGUGCAAGUCUCACAGAGGUGAUUCAAGGGCUGGUUGCAUUGGAUUCCCAGAUCCUAGAGACUGCGGAGCGCUACGCCGGCGCUCUGAUGCCCGGCUACACUCACUUGCAGCAUUCUCAACCUACAACCAUCGAUCAUUACCUCAACGCUCAUUAUUGGGCCGUAUCGCGCAACCUGUCCCGACUCUUCGAAGCAUACGACCGACUGAACCUAAGUCCACUCGGAGGCGCUGCCUAUAGCGGCACCUCGUGGCCCAUCGAUCGCACUGCCACAGCUCACUACCUCGGCUUUGACCGCCCCGUCUACAAUGCCCGUGAUGCCGGCUUUGCUGCGCUCGACAUGGGUGCCGAGCUCGCAGGCGUGCUUGCCGCUACGCUCUCCGGCAUUAGCCGUCUAGCCUCCGACCUCAACUACUGGUCCUCCAGCGAAGUAGGGUUGGUGCGGAUUCACUCCUCUUUGUGUGGCACAUCGAGCAUGAUGCCCCAGAAGCGUAACCCCAUGGUCCUCGAGCGUAUCCGGGGACUUGCCGGCUCAGCUGUUGGCUGGUCUGCCAGCCAGCUCGGGGUCAUGCACACGGCCACUUCAACCGAUGUCGAUCAGUCUUAUAUCCAUAAUCUUCUUCCCAGCCAAUGUUUCGAGACGGCUGGGGCCAUUUCUUUGUUACGCGAGGUCAUUGCUACUGUCGAGUUUGAUCUACCUGCUAUGCAAAAGUCAUCCGGCCAACAUUGGUCCACUGCCAGCGCUGUCGCGGAUUCUCUCGUUGCCUCCCAUGGAAUGAGUUUCCGCCAUGCUCACGAGAGCGUGGCGCAGCUUGUUGCUUCACAUGAGCGAGCCGGUGUUUGCUCUAGUAAUCUGCGCGCCGAUCUCAUCACGGACCCGGCCUUGAAAGAGUACUCAGACUCCCAAAUUCAAGAAAUCCUAGAUCCUAAGAGCUUUGUGGCAUCAAGGAUCAGUUCAGGUGGAACUUCCAUCGAAGCUCGAGAUCAGCUCGCGACCAUUGCUAAGACUGAUCUACUAGAAAUGGAGAAUAGACUUCAGCAUCGCCUUGACAAUGUUGAAAGGGGACUUAAGCAACUUCUUCAAGAUGCACACUCAAUUGCUGCACAUUCGCCAUAAGAGGCGCCGGCUUUGCAGAUAUUUACGUUUUACAUAAUUAAUGUCAUUUAUCAUUGUUCCCA